CUUAAGGGUGACACUGCCAAGCUGACACGGGGAGAUAUUGGAAGUGUACGUGUCUGUGUACGUGUGUACGUUCUUUUCCUUUCGUGAUAUAAAGACAGAAGAUGUUUUGUGUGAAGAUUGUUACUAUUUUUUUUAAUAGAACGAACAAGUGACGAGGAUUAGAUGUACAUGUAACUAAUACCGGGAAACAAGAGGACGAAAAAGAUUUACUUUGCGUUCGUAGUACCUCACUCAAUGACAAUCCUUCAGACGUGCCAUAAACCUAUUACGCUCGAAGGUCACUUUACUUAAAAAGCCAGAGAGACCUCAAGAAAAAAAAAGAAAAAGAAAAUACAACCAUCUUAGCAACAAGAAAAACAAAGAACAGAAAAAAAAAUCUACCUCACCCACGAAACAAAUACAAUUUACAUAACGGAAACUAUUAACAAUAAACCCCCCCCCCCCCAAGAAAAAAAAGGCAUCUUGACCUGAGAAAAUCGACUUCCCUCCCACUACCUCUUUCGAAACAGGUCACCUCGUACAAGGAAACUGCUCAGAAGACAAUAAGUAUGCGCGAGUGGGUGAUAUUAGGUCACCUCGCUCUCCUCGCGGUCAUGUGCAUCGCCGGAGUGGAGGCGCGCGGGGCCGAACAGAAGCUCGGGGAAGCCUUGGGAGCGGAAGGAAGCCACGAGGAAGCCAAGGACGAGCCUCUCCUGACGUCUCCUGAGGAACAGGUCCUCCUCCAGGCAGGUCCUCCUCACCCUCCCCCGAAGGAAGUCGAGAGGGAGGGAAAGAUGGAGGAGAAGGAAAGAAGGAAGGAGGAGAGGGAGGAAAAGAAGGAGAAGGAGGAGAAGGAGGCAGAAGAAGGCGAAGAAGAAGACGCAGAAGAAGAAGAAGGAGGAGGAGGAGGAGGAGGCAUCGUCUUGGUGGCCCUCGGAGGCGGCGAGGACGAGGUGGUCAUGGCACAGAUGGCGGCGCUGCUCCACCUCAACGGGCAUCGCGUCAGUGCCAUCGUCUACGGACCGGGGCCGCGCGAGGAGAGGUUUCCUGCCGGGGUCAAGGUCCUCGAGCUCGGCGUUUCCGAGGACGACCCGCUGUACCCCGGGGGCUCGAGCGUCGCCGUGGCCCCGGGGGAGGAGGAGGGCGCCGAGUGGGUGAGUGGGCGUGUCCUGGCGUCGCGGGCGAGGGCGUGCGGCCUCUUCUCCCGGCUGCCGUGGGUGGAGGCGGCCUUCCGUCGCGCCCGCCUCGUGGUCACGCCCCUCUUCCUCCACGAUCUGUGCGUCCUCACCCUGGCGCAGCGCGUGGGCGUUCCGGUGGUGGGCGUGGUGACGUCGAGGGUGGGCGCGUGGUGGGUGUGGGAUAACCUGGGCGUCCUCCCCCCCCUGGCUACGACGCCCGUGCCGCCCACGACGAUGCAGGAGCUCGACAUCUGGGCGAGGGCGUCGAACAUCGCGAGACACUACGGGUACAUCUCGAGCCUCCGUCAGCAGUGGCAGGUCCCCGCCCUCACCGCCCUCGACGCCUCCUGGUCCCCCACGCCCACCAUCGACGCCCUCUACGCCUCCCUCGCCCGCGUCCUCGUGGCCUGGGACCCUCUCCUGGACGCCCACUUGCCCCACACGCCCAUCGUCUUACCCGUGGGCGGCUUCCACUACUCGACGGGGCGCAUGACGAAGGACGUCCUAGUUCCCGCCCUGCUGAACCGCGCGGGCGUCCUCGUCGUCAGCGCGGGCGGGCGGGAGGCGUGGCUGGGACAGGACGCCCUCGCCGCCCUCCACAGCGCCCUCAGACCGACCUCCUACACCGUCCUGUGGCGAAUUUCCCACCCGCACCUCCAGCCGAACGUCACCCUGGAGGAAACGAACGCCGCCUCCGCCAAGUUCGUUUAUAAGGAGUACCUGCCGCUCAACGAUGUUCUUAGUCACCCUCGCCACCGCCUCCUCGUGUCGACGUGUGGAGACGCCGAAGCAAUGGCAGCUGCUUACUUCGGUUCCCCUACUUUAUGUCUCCCUGUUACCACGGAUCAGAAACUUGCUUCGGACGCCCUCAAAAAGAUUGGCAUAGCGGAGGUGGUGCCAGCGUCGAGUGCCACGGUGCCGGCGCUGAAGGAGGCACUCUCGAAGCUGGCCGGCGACAGAAGCUACCGCGAGCGUGCCAGGAGGAUCGCCGAGGACCUGCACGAUUCCUCCCUUUCUCCCUCGGACCGGCUGCUCUUCGCCCUUGAGCGGGUUUUGCGGCGCCCGAACUCCCUCAGAUACAGGCCCCCAGCAAGCACCCUGUUCCUCCUUCAGCAGAGCAACGCAGACGUGUACCUGCUUCUGCUGAUCCUGCUGACUACCCUGCUCGGUGUCCUCAUCGCCGUGGGCAUUGUGGCGUUGCCGAUUCUCCUGAAGAAGCAGAAGGCCAAAGCAGAUUAGAGGAGGAAG